GUUUCAAAUUCGUUUUAUAUCAAAUUGCAUUUCAUAACUCAAUUCUCUAUUUUGUACAGCACCAUAAGCCUGCCAUUAAGCCAAAAGAUUUGGGACGAAUUCUAAAAUCAUCUGCUGAGUUCAUAUAAAGUUACAGUCGUCAUGUCAGGUUGGACAUCGUAUGUUAAAACUGCAGCAAUUGUAACUGGAGCUGGGGUAGCGUCUGUAGUGGCUGUUCCCGUAGUGUUAGGAGCUCUUGGCUUUACUGGAGCAGGAAUAGUUGCUGGAAGUUUUGCUGCAAGUGCUAUGUCAGCGACAGCCGCGGCUAAUGGAGGUGCUGUCGCCGCUGGAAGCACAGUAGCUGUUUUACAGUCAGUUGGUGCUGCUGGAUUAGGAAUCGGUACUAAAAUUGGAUUAGGGAGCGUCGGGGUUGGUGUUGCGAGUGGAGUUAUGAAAUUAUUUAAAAAAAAAUGAAGUUCUAUUAUAAAGGCUAAUAAAGUUUUCCUAUUCUGACA